AUGUCGACCAGCCGCAUGGGCACGCGCGCUUCGAAUGCGGACAAGCACCCUGGAGAUGCCCUCAAGGUGCUCAACCGCAUGACACCAGAGGAGGUCAGGCUGUCCAAGGAGAAGAAGAAGGCCGCCAAAGAUGCCCAGGAAGCCGAAAGGCUACGAAAGGUCGGACAUGUCGCUGCCACCGAGAACAAGUUAGCGAAGAAACAAGAAGAAAGGGAUACCAAGGACAGAAGACCUCCUAGCCGCGGCGUCGCGGUGAAGCCAACACAGAAAAAGACGCCGGAUGCCAGAGCAGAAGCAGCCGAUGACGCCGGUACUAGCCAGGACAGUCGCGCCGCCACUGUAUCCAAGAAGCAAACUCGGGUUCAGGGAGCAGCCAAGGAGGCGCCCAAGACGAAGAGUAAGGCUAGAGGGAAAAGGGCCACCAUCGAGGUCGAAGAGCAAGAAGAAGACGGCAGCGACAACGCCGGCGCAAUGGAGCAUACAGUGAGGAGGGUGCCCUUGGCAGACAGGGCGGUCCUCCGGACCGAUGUUGGGAAAGCGCGUGUAGUCUCCGCCGGGAACGGCAGCUCUUCUGGCAAGGCGAUCAACCCCGUGUCAUUCAAGAUGGGUGUCCAAAAGUGGUCGGCUGGUGUGGACCCUCGCGGACCCCCGGACUCCUCAUCUGUCUCAUCUCGCACUCCCAGUGUCCUUACAAGCGCUAAAUCCGCCUCCAUUGCUGCUGCCCGUUCCGCCAAAUUGGCCAAGAAAGAAUCCGAGUCUUCUCAGGCUACCAAGGAUGCGGCGGCGGCAAAGUCCACGGCGAAGGCAAGGUCGGUGGCAGCCUCAAAGUUGGCGGCGGCGGCGGCGGCAGCGGCAGCGGCGGCAGCGGCAGCGGCGGCAGCGGCAGCGGCGGCAGCGGCAGCGGCGGAAGCAGAAGCAGAAGACCAGGGUGAGGUACGGGAGGAGGAUGCUGAGGACGACGAAGAGCCCUUUGGCCUCUCUGACGACAAUGCCGAAGUCCUUCUUCGCGAAAGGGCUAAUAUUCUGAGUGACGGCCCGCAAAUGGAUGACCCGAUUGUUGUCAUCGAGGAGAUUGACACUCCCCUAGCUAGUCGCUUUCGGCCUCUUAACACAGAGGUUGACAAUGGGGACAUCUCUAGCUCGUCCCUGGACGACUCCAUCCAUCAUGAUGCCCUCGACGACAUUGAUGCUGAUGCUGAUGCUGACGCUGAAGUCCCUGUCGAUGUUGACACUGACGCUGACAUUCCUAGCCCUCGUGCCUUCACUCAGACCCUCAAGCCUUCACGCAUGAAGCGCAAGCAUCACGAUGACGCCGUUGGUGCGGACAAGCGUGAGCUGGGUGACGAUAUUGCUUCGACCGACGUUGAUGUACAGUCACCGAAGCGUGUGAAGCUCGGCCCGGCGAGAUCUGCUCCUACAAAGUCCGUAUCCGCGAAGAAGGACACGACCACCAAGAAGAGAGUCAGCAAGGACGCGACUGAGGAGAAGAAGGUCGACAAGAACUUGAAGAAGGGGGACGACGAGAAGAAGGGGGGCGACGAGAAGAAGGGUGGCGACGAGAAGGGGGACAAGAAGACUCGGAAGGGAGACGAGAAAAAGGAGGAGGAGACAAAGGGCGACGAGAAGAAGGGCGACAAGGACACGAGUGACGAGAAGAAGGCUGAGAAGGACGCGGCCGAGAAGAAGAAGCGCGGCAAGAACACGCUCCCGGCUCAUUGCCACAAGGGCGACAAGUGGAAGAAGAUAGUUCUCCCUGCGUUCUUUCGCUGGCUUGGCGAGCAGAAGGAUGUAUGGGGCGCUUCAAAUGCCCAACUCCUGGGAGCUCUUCGCAAGAUCUGGAAACAGGUUUACGACGAGGAUCUACCUGAGGAGCAGAGCGCGGUCAACGGGCCCGCUUUAACACUGAUCAAGCAGAAGGCGGCCGAAUGGCGCAAUAACUUCGGCAGUACCGCCAUCGCCGUCCUCGUCGUGUCUUUCUGCGACCAGGCCAUGUAUGGCAAUGCGGAGGCUGACGACCUGCGUAAGGACUACAAGGCAGCCUCGCUCCGCUGCGGCACAUAA